GAGAGGAGACCGUCGAAAACUCGUCAGUUUCGCGUUCUGCUCGAACCUAAAAAAUCGACCUUCGCAUGUGCAUGUAAAAGUACAUGCGCUAUUUACGCGUUGCCGGUAAUUCCACUUUCGACUUGACGUGAUGCGUCUGGGAUAUUUCCUACACCUGGACGUUCCUUUUUUGAGAAGAUAGAAGAAAGUUUUCUCGCGAGAGUGGAUUAUUACAAUAAUUGCCGUUGCGGGCGGAAUAAUUUUAUAUCCCAAGUAUCAUGUCAAGAUCUUCAUAUGGUGGUAGAGCUCAACCUAAAGAUAUGUACUGGUUUGCACAUGGUGGUUUAGAGUCCAGUGCAGACAGAGGUGCAGCGCAAAAAUGUUCUGCUCAUGGGGAAACAGAAGAAGAAAGUGAUUCCAAUCCACCAUCACUGAAGUCUUUACCAGAGCGCAGGACUGUUUUAGAAGAACAUAGGGCUGCACAAAUAGUUAAAGAUUCUACAGACGGGCCCAGCAAUUCCUCUUUUCCGUUAUUGGAGAGGGAUGACAGGUUGCGUGCCUCUGACAAAAGAAUAGCUGUAGAAGAAAGAAGAAAACAGCUUUUGGAAGCUGAGCAGGAGAAAAAUGAUGCAGUUUUAAGGAAACAUUUAGAAAGGGAAGCUGCAUUAGAAGCUCGACGAAAUGCGCAAAGGAGUAACAUAUCAUUUGCUUUUGGAAGUUCUGUUCCCAGAAAUGUGGACAGUUUACAAGGCGGAGAUUCAGACAAAGUCAGUCGGCAUUCGGCUUCAAGUGGUUUGACCCAGAAAGAAGAAAACCACGAAUUAUCCCAAGAGCGACGUUCUGUCUCUCCCUUUAAACAUUUACCGAUCGAUGACUCUAGUCCUCGAUCAAACUCUCCACUAUCCAAUGCUCAUUCCGAGAGAAAGACCGUCUCCCCACCUUGCUGGCUAAUGGGCUCUGGUGCUCUGAUUGGGGAUGAUGUAAUGUCUCGAAGCAUGUCUUCCGCUAUGGCACCAAGAGGAAGACGAAAAAAUGACUUGAUGCCCACUGUUCCAUAUGAUCGUACAGAUCGCACUGCUCCUAUUUCAAAAAGUUCCCCAUCUUCUUCGUCUAGGAAAAGGUCAGUCAGUAUGACCCGUUUGGAUCAACUGGCUCAACCGCGGAAACAUUAUCUCGAGGCUACAAAAGCUAACAGCACUGCAAAUGGAGGCACUAGUGCAAAAGAUAGUGUUCGUUCACCCACACGGCCGCUUUCAUCUGCUUCAGAACAAUCCAGUGGAUCCGGUCGAGGCGUCAUUAGACGAGUCCGCUCUUCCCCUCGUAAACCGAGACCAGUCUCUAUUGCAGGAACUGUGCCCGAAUCCAGGAAAUCAGACCCUGUCAAGAAAACAUCCCCUAAAAAGUCUGUGGUUGGAGAAAUAAAGAAAGCUAUUCAAUCUACAGUCAAGAUCACUCUAUCAAAAUCUAAUGAGAAAGCCAAAGUCCCCGAGAAAACCAAACCGGCAUCUAAACCUAUUGAAAAAGUCACCAGCCCUCCUAAAUCUGCUGGUGUCUCAAAACCUAGUAAACCAUCAAGUAAAGCUACCACACCUGGGAAAUCAUCGAGCCCUAAGGCUGCGGCUGCUAAGAAGUCUGCAACUAACAAAAAGAAAGAUGACAUACUGGUUCCUGCACCACCUGUCGAAGUAACCAGUAACAAAAAUGAAGAUGUAGAAAAGUCUUCAAACCCUCCAUCCUCACCCCCACCUGAUGGUGCAACUUCAGAAAGUGAGAAGAACAAUAUGAAAAAGAUUAUCUCGGAAGAAGAAGCAAAGGCUGCCCUUGCAGAAAAAAGGCGCUUAGCUCGAGAGCAGGCUGAAAGAGAAGUUGAACUGGAGCGGCAAAAGCAAGAGGAAUUGAGGCUAAUAGAGGAGGAGCGUCUCAGGCAAGAAGAGGAAGAGCAGAAACGAAUGGAAGAAGAACAAUUAAGACUUUUAGAAGAACAUCGUAGACAAGAGGAAGAAAAGCUGAAAAAGGCCAUUGAAGAUCAAGAACGUAAGGAAGAGGAGGAGAAAAUGCGCAGAGAAGAAGAGCAGCGCCUCAAAGCUGAACUAGAGAAAAAGGCACAAGAAGAGGCAGAAAAACAGAGAAUUGAGCUGGAGGAAAAAUUGCGCAAAGAAGAAGAAGAAAGAGCUGAGCGAAAAAAGAGGCUGGAGAAAAUCAUGAGCAGAACACGUGGGAAGCCAAGUGGUACUUCACCUUCUGGCAGUGUCAGCAGCAGCGAUCAGUUAGAUUCAGGGGACAAUCAACAAGAAGGCUUCUCAAGUGGGGCAAAUUCUCUAGAUAGUAACGAGUCUAAUGAUGCACGUAGUGAAUCUGUGUCCAACGAUGACACCAGAGCCCAAACGGAAGUUCUGAGUGGUAGAAAUUCUUUGGAAGGAAAUCAUACCUUUGAAGUGGUGAGUGAAACUGAGUCUCUAAACAGCAACGACCUGAUGAUGCCCGUAAGUGAAACUGCUUCUCAAGAUAACAGCUUGGUGAUCAUUCCUGAUAAGGACCUUGAACCACCUACAAUGGGAGAUAAAGCGGACACAAUUGUUGAAGCUACUUCUGCAGAUGAAUGCAGAUCAUCAUCCGUUAAUGUAAGCGAUGUUGUUCUUGCUGCAGAGCAUCUUGUCCAAGAAGGAAAUUUCGAAAAACAUCAAGUAGUAGAAGUAAAAAACAGUUCAGGUCAUAAUAUAUCAGGAGAUAAUUUGCUGAGUGAUGAAAGAAUAAUACAUGAAGAGGUCUUGCAGGAAAAUCAGGUUAUGUUACCAAGUCCAAAUGAAGUUGAUGAUGUUGAAGCCAUGAUUGAUUCUAAAGAUUUGACUGCUUUUAUGUCUGAAAAUGAUUCAGCACAAAAUACAGAUUUGAGUUACGUUCAGGAAAAAAAUAUGUUAAAUGAUGGUUUUACUGCAUUGAAUCAAAAUACCUUUGAAGAAGAUUCAAAUCUAUUUGAAGUUGAUGGUUCUGUUGCAAAAACUGUGUCUGAUGGAGAGGAUGAAAAGAAAGAAUUUGCUCAGUCCGAAUUAAAUGUAGUUGCUCAUGAUAUAACUAAUUUAAACACUGUACAAACAGAAUUGGACACUUCACCUGGACAUACUUUAUCUGAAAAUAUGUUAUUUGAUUCACUAGCAGCUGUUGGAGAAGAUGGGAAGCUUUCGCAUUUGAGCAUUUCAUCCGAUAUGAAGCUUCCUGAUCCAAUUUAUGAAACAUCUGAAGAGGGGUCUCUAUCCUCUGAGAGGCAGCAUCCAGACUUCAAUUCUUAUACCUUCCAAGAAAAUUUCAAUGAAAUUGCUCAAGAUUCCAAUAUUGUAGCAGAUGAUGUAUUUGCUGAUGAACAAGAAGUCGUGCGAGUUAGUUCCGAAAUGUCACAUGUAGAAUCAUAUGGCUUUUCCGAUAAUUUAACAGAACAUAGAAUUCCUUUUCCGUCGGAACCAUUCUCAUCUAAUGAACAUGCUACUUCAAGUCAAAUUAUGAAUACUAUCCAACAGAAUGAUGAUGAUGGCACUUUCCUGCAUCAGCAAGACGCAUGGCAUUCAUCAGAAAAGUCUGAAGAACAUAUUCAAAGUAGUCAAGAUGUCUUUCGUUCCUCAGAGGAAAAUGUUCCGGAUGGUGAGCAGAACUCUGUAGUCAGUGAAAAUGUGAUAAAUACUUUGAGUCAAGAAAUGGAAAACAAUAAAGAAAAUAUUGAACAUGCUGUAAUUGAUGGUGCUUCCAUAUUGCCUAAUCCAUUUUCUAGUGCUGAAGUUUAUUACAAUGAAUAUGAUAUGCAUCCUGAAAAGGAAAAUUUUCAAUUUCAGUCCGGUUUCGAGCAUGUAGAUUUCGGUGAAAUCCUAGAAUCGAACAUUGUACAUAAUAACACACAUACUUUUUCAUCAACAGAAAGCAACCCAUUUCUACAAAAUUCUGCAUUGCCUGAUGUAAAUCAAUUUCCUGCUCAAGAAGAUAAAGCUUUUGAUAGUGUUCAGCAACAUGUAUUUUCUUCAAAUCAACAAAUAAGUGAGCUUGAAAGUGAACAGUGUACCGAUGGGCCUUCCAUGCUUCCUUCCAAACCUGACGAAUUGAGUGAUCUAACUUUUAUAAAAGCAGAGGGUGGUGAGAAUUGUAUUGGAAUCAUAUCUUCCGUAGACCAUGACCACUUGGUGAAUGACUUUCCUAAAACUGAUCUGCUUAAUGAACAAUUGAAAUCAAACUUCCAGUUCUCUUCCAUCACGGACAGCGAAGAUAGCUCGCUAGACAGCAAUCUGUCACAGGUAAUGACUGUCGAAACUGAAGACAAUAAAGCCGUGGAAGACUUUAAUAAUGUAUCCGGAGUGCAGCAGCUUGGAGUGAACGGUGUUUCCAAAGAGCAGCCAGAACUAAUAACCAAACUGGAGUACUCCUACAAUGGUGAUAGCAUUUUGAAAACGAAUGGAAACCAUUUUUCUGCUGCAGAAAUAUUUAGCAAUGGACAUAGGGUGGAGUCCCCUGAAACAAUAUCUCAAGAGACGGGUCACCUGCCUUCCUAUGUGCCGCUGGAUGGCAAAGACAUUUCAUCUGUUGAAACGAAAACCAACAUAUUCGAAAAUGUGGAUGCCAUCGCCUUUGGAAAAGUGUCCCCAGAUCCUUUUAUGACAAAAGAGAAUUCUAAUCAAAUUCCUGGGAAUCCUUUUCUCUUGCAAGAGGAUCAAAAGAAAGUCCUCAUGACACCAGAUUUUUUCAAUUGAAGCAUUCAGGUGGUGUAAAAAGUCUUCUGUGUAAUAUCAAAGCCUCAUCCUGGCCUUUCUCUUCAUAUCAAGGCGAAGAGUUUUUAUUCGGUCGGCCCCCCUGUGUUCUGACAUUUUUACCAAAGCGUUUUCUUUGCAAUUGUUCAUGUUAGUUUUUGUUCAUUUUUAGUGUUUUUAUAUUUAAAUUGUUUGGGCUUCUCUUGGAGCCUUUUGUGAUACAGUAUUUUCCUAUUUGCUUACAAGUAGGACUUUUUUAAAGGCAGCUACAUGCUAUCAGUUUAUUAUGGAUUAUUUAUUAUUAUUCAAUUCUAACUCGACCCAAAAAAUUCCGACUAUGACGAUUUAAUCGAGAAAAAUUGUAUUUUGCUCGAACUUUUUGGCAGCAUCAAUUCUGUUCCUUUCCCUUAAGCUUAUUUCAAAUCAUACAGUUACUGAUGACAGUUUGUACUUCAUGUGUAUUACUAAAAAAUAAAAUAUAUUUAUAUACAGAA